CUCCGAGGCGACGCACCCAGCGACGACGAGGCAGAGGGGUUCCUUCCUCGUCCGAAACUCAGGAUGCGCCUUCCGAUUCCAACUCUGACGGCAGUCACGAUAUCUUGGCCAUGCGACGUCAAUAUCACUCUGGAAUGCUCACUUCUGAGCCUGUUUCCGCGCGUUAUCUUGGCCUGCAGUCAUGGAGGUCUGUCAUCAAGUCAGAUUGCAAACAGAGCAGCUCAGAACUGGAGCCGAGUUCCCGGUCACAAUGUUGAGAGUGCCCAACAUCAUGCGGACGAUUUACGGUGA